CUGGAAGACAGCUGGUCAAACCAGGCGCUUCGGCUUCUCUCAGUUAUUCAUAAUACUGGGACCAAUCACUGCUCACGAUGGACAAGGACGUCCAAAUCCGCGAGAUGUCUCCAGAAGAGACUCCACAAUUGGCUGACCUCAUCGGCUCUUCCCUCUUGGGGGACCAUUCCAAGAGCAAAACCAUCCUAAAACUACUGGGGAAAAGGACAUCCUUAAUCUGGAUGGUUUUCUUCUCUGUUUUGGUUAACUACUCAACUGGAAGUCUGCCAUUGGCAUUUGUUGUACCACCAGUUAUAGUCAUCUUAGGAAUUCUUCGAACAUUGGCAACGUGGACUGAGUGUACCGCACCGGAGGUGUUUAGGACAACAGACGUGUUCAGCUCGUGUGGUGGCGGGAAAAGCCGCAGGACGUGGGUACCGGUGUGUGACGGCAGAGUGGCGGGGUCUGUGACGUUGUUACGUCACUCGGACAGCGUGGGGGAGCUGUGCCGCAUGCGCGUGGGUCGGGAGCACCAGAGGAGGGGGGUGGGGAGGAGGCUGGUGGAACACUUGGAGGACUACUGCAGGGAUGAUGGUGUCAAACAGAUCGUCCUGACGACUUCUGAGUACCACGAGAGAGCAAUAAGACUGUACCGGAGAUGUGGAUACAUCAGGGACAACACAGGAGACUACUCUAAGGCUCUGUUUCCCGGAGUAGGGGACCCUGUCAUCAAUGUAUCUGUACAAGUCUACGCCUUUAGAAAAGAACCUAUGUUAUAGUAUUAACGGUACUACAAUUGUUUGGGAAUUGAAUCGAAUUCCGUAAUAUAUGCAAAUAGAUAAUGUUGUAAAAUUAUUUUAAAAAGACAGCAUGAGACAGUAUACAUGUAUAUCACAUUGUGUCAGUGUAUCUCUAUUUUCAAAACAGUUUGAGACAGUAUAUCUCACAUUGUGAUUGUGUCAAUAUGUCUCUGUUGGAGUUUAUUUCUAAAAAGACAGUUUAGGCCAGUCUAUCUCGCAUUUUUUUUAAAAGGCAGUAUGAGACAGUAUGUUUAUCAAAAAACAUUAUUUAGUACAAAAUCACAUUUGUGUGAAAGAACAAUAGAGCUUUCAUCAGUAGUUUCAACACUUCUAUCAUAAAAAAUAUGUAUAAAUAAUAAUGUCAAGUUGUGUUUUUGUCAACAUACAGUUGUAUACGAUCUGAUUAUUGACUGCAUUUGCUCGUAUGACAAUGGAAAAGGUAUUUUCAUAAUCAUUAUUUUCUUGUUAUUCAUAGCUAGCACUUUUCGAGAGCAUGAAUUAAGUUUGGCAGUCCUAAACUGUCUGUAGGUCUUUACAUGGGCCGAAUAAAUAAAUCAUGAUAUUGAGAAUCAAUUCCACUUUAUAAUGGAUAGUCCAACAUAUGAUAGAGAUAGACAAAAAUUGUUGUAGUCUAAUAAAUGUAAGUCUGAUACAAUGUUACCACAUAUUAAGACAGAAAUGUUUAGUAUGUUACUAUCUAUGUCGGUCAAUUCAGCACACAGCACACUGUCAUAAUGUUCCAGGAUAUGGCACACAUAACGCUAGCUUGAUUGUUUAUAUAUACUAUUACUAUUCAUAAAACAGAUAAGUUCCUUAGAUUAUCAAAUAGAUAUUAGCAACUCAUGUACUGUUUUGUAUGUGCUUGUUGCCACACAUUGUAUCAUUGGCAAUUGUCGUGCAAUAAAGUUCUUCU